GCUCUACGGACUCCCUUACCUAAUGGAGGUACCUCCUGCCUUACCUUGCAUAGAAGACAGUAUCCGUACCCAGGGAGCUUCAACAAGAGCAUCCAUCCAACUUUUGACCGAACAAGAGGUUCUUUGUCAAGUUGCUUGUCGACAUUCUGGCGACUCCACGAUCUGCCCUUAACAACUCCCCUGACGACACGACAACGAAAUGCAGAUCCCUCUGAUUAGACUCCAAUGCGGGGUCAAUUCCUACGACUGGGGAAAGAAGGGACAGGCAUCCGCAGCAGCCAAGUUCGCGGCCGCCACGCCCUCGUCCGACUUUGUCGUCCAAGACGAUCGGCCGUAUGCGGAGCUCUGGAUGGGGACACAUCCCUCCAAUCCGUCGCGAGACCUCACUACGGGCCGCACAUUGCUCGACCUCAUCCAAGACAACAGAUCGCUCCUUUCCGCCCCUGUCGCCGCCCGCUACGGCCAAAAGCUACCCUUUCUACUCAAGGUCCUUUCCAUCGACAAAGCCCUUUCUAUACAGGCACAUCCCAACAAGCAGCUAGCCGAGAAGCUGCACGCCAAAGACCCCAAGAACUAUCCCGAUGACAACCACAAGCCCGAGAUGGCCAUCGCCAUUACGCCCUUUGAAGGGCUCUGUGGCUUCCGCCCUCUCGGCGAGAUUGUGCACUUUUUGGAGACGGUACCGGCGUUACUUCAACUGGUGGGCGAGGAGGAAGCAAGCGAGUUCGCUCAGAUAGUCGGGAGCACGCAGGACGACGAGUCGGAGGAAGCAGCUUCCAAGAAUAAGACGGCGCUGCAAAAGGUCUUUAGUGCCUUGAUGGCUUCUUCCGAGACAGCCAUGACCGCCUGUACCAAAACGCUCCUGGAUUCUGUGGCGAAUGGCCGCGACGAAUUCGCCGGUGGCGGCGUCAGCGCCACACCUGGCUCUGUGCUUGCCGAGCUGGUUACGCGCCUUCACGGCCAGUUUGGUCCUGACUAUGGCCUCUUCGUUCUCUUCUUUCUCAAUUACGUAACCUUGCAGCCCGGGGAUGCGCUCUUCUUGCGCGCCGAUGACAUCCACGCCUACCUCAGCGGUGAUAUUGUCGAGUGCAUGGCCAGCAGCGACAAUGUCGUGCGGGCGGGAUUAACCCCCAAAUUCAAGGAUGUAGAGGUCCUAACCACCAUGCUAACCUACAACUACGCCCCAAUCGACGAGCAAAAAAUGAACCCCAGCGACUUCCCUUACGUGAGACUGAACCGAACCGCUUACAGCUCGGGCUCUGCCGUCUUGCUUUACGACCCCCCGAUCAACGAGUUCAGUGUGGUUCGGAGUUCGCUCAGAGGCGAUGGGUCCAAGGCCACAUUCGAUCCGCUGGAUGGCCCCAGCAUCAUCAUCUGUACUGCUGGUAGGGGAAAGAUCUCUGUUGGGCCCACUGUGCAUGAGUUUAAGGGGGGAUAUGUUUUCUUUGUCGGUGCAACGGCAGAAUGCGUUCUCGAGUCCGAGGGAGACGAAGAUGACGAGUUUAUUACAUUCAAGGCAUUCUGCGAGGCUGAAGACCGUAGUAAUGGGGCAUAAAUGGGGUUUAGGCCAAAUUUUCUGUUUAGAAUCUACCAUGGUUAACGACCGAAUUUAGACUAAUGGUCAGCCAUGGCGUAUUACUACUCUGUGCCCAAAGACACGAGGAAGUAAAUCUCAGGUGUGAUUCUUUUUCUUUUGCGUUUCUAUCGCCAUUAGCCAUACCAUGUUUUGGUAUUACAAUAAUUUGAGCUGCACGUUGGUUCGAGUUGCACUGGACCUUUCGUUUACUUUUUCGAGACUCUUAUCGGAAC